GUUUCAGUACGAGACUUCAUGUCGCUCGAUUCAGAUCUGCCUUUGCUCGCGUAGUUCUCGUAUUGGAGCGGGCUAAGCACUUGUGUGUCUGAUGGGAUUAUAUUCUGUCAGUAUAUUCAUUAUUAGAAUACCAUAACUGGAAACUGUGAAACAUCCUGUUCGUUGUUUCUCCAUCGUGUUGAAGUGCCUUUCGUUGACAACCGGCGGAUCCCUGCAAGUGCAAGCAUACCUUUGAAAGUAGUCAAGUUACAGUUACAGGAAAUUAGACAAAUAACUCGAGUAGUCUAUAAAAAUGUUUCAAAGCGGCUAAAUAGGCGAGAGCCAGAAACAGAUGCGCACAGUGUCGAAGAGCCACAAUAUUCAAUAAUUUGAUGUUUUCUACGCCUCGGCUCUAGAUAUGUUUGUGUUGCCGAGUCCGAAAUAACUAGAAUAAAAGUGAAUUUUCGUUUUUCCUUUUCUACUUCACUUUCGAUUAGUGGAACAGAGCUUCGUCGAGUGGUGAUGGAAGAGAACCAAACAUAGACUUGGUGUUUUUGUUUAUGUGCUGUAUAUACUGUGUUCUGAAAAUCACGGUCGGAUCGCGAAGAACCGGACGAAGUUUGAAAGCGAAUUGAAAAAAAAAAACACUUCGACAAAGAUUGUAAAAUUGUUACAUUAUUUGUUUUCGGUGUAGUUCUGUGGAUUAAGAAAAUCGUGAUAUUUGUGUGUCAGUUCUAUCAGGUGCAAGCGAAGCCGGCAUCUUGGAAGUAGUAGUUACGCGGCAGUUUCAGAACGAAAACGGUCUUAGAAUUUACUUUUUCGUUCCAACUAUCUGCCGUAGCUGUAGUAUUCGAGGAAAUAAUUAUUUUACCAGAAGACCAGAACGAUGAUGGAUAGUUGGAUGCAAGAAGUGGUCUCCAUGAUGGCAGGCGAUGGAACGCCGGCUCGAAUUAAACAGGAACUAAUCGAGACCUCCUGCUGCAGUCCAUCACCAUCAUCAGUAGGUAGUAUGUCUCAGAGUAAUCUCCUCUACAGUGGAUCGCAAAGUGCAAAGAUGGAGUACAAAUGUAGCAGUAACAAUGACAUCACUCAAUUGACGGAAUUGCACGGUGGACGAAGUAGUGGAAACGGCCGCAGUGGACCUCAUUCACCCGGUUCGCCGGAUAGACAAUUUUGCAGUUCGACUACCUCAGCAAUCGGAGAUUUCGGAAGUGAUAGUACGAACCAGGAUACGAUCAAGGAAGAAAUUCCUCGGCGACUGUGUCUGGUAUGUGGAGAUAUCGCUAGCGGCUUCCAUUAUGGUGUAGCAAGUUGUGAAGCAUGUAAAGCAUUUUUCAAACGAACCAUUCAGGGUAACAUAGAAUACACCUGUCCGGCAAGUAAUGACUGCGAAAUCAACAAGCGAAGAAGGAAAGCAUGUCAGGCCUGUCGCUUCCGCAAGUGUCUUUUGAUGGGUAUGUUGAAGGAGGGUGUUCGUUUGGAUAGGGUGCGCGGAGGUCGACAGAAGUAUCGGAGAAAUCCUUGCGCAAAUCCUUACCAAUUACAGCUAUCGCAGUCGAAUCUUCAGUACACACCCCAAUCUUUGGAGGACAUUAAAAUUCUUGAAGUAUUAUCAUCAUUUGAACCAGAUCCACUCACCAUUGGGCACGGAUUUGAUCUAAUGAACAGUAAUGGUAGCAAUAGUAGUGAACACGAUGGUGACAGUAAAACCACCGAUUCCCGGAUGACCAUGGGAGCUGAUGCGCAGGAGAUGUUAAGCGUUUUAAGUGAUAUUUACGAUAAGGAACUAGUAGGUGUAAUCGGCUGGGCUAAACAAAUACCAGGAUUCACUGAUCUUCCGCUAAAUGAUCAGAUGCGACUUUUGCAAGUUAGUUGGGCGGAAUUGCUCACACUGAUGUUAGCUCACCGUUCGAUACCAUUUUCCGGUCGUCUCUAUUUUGCCACUGAUUUUUGGUUGGAUGAGCGAACAGCAAAAGAUUGUGGUGCGCUUGAUUUAUACAAUCAUUUAGCGCAAAUCACUCAACGGUUGGAAAAGAUCUCAGCGACCAAGGAGGAGUAUUACCUGUUAAAGGCCUUGUCGCUAUCGAAUUGUGAUAUUCGGCUGGAUAACUACAGCGCAUUGAAAAAGAUACGCGACAGCAUUCUUUAUGCGCUAAAUGACUGUGUUCUGCUUAUUAGGCACAAUCAAGCAGUGUCGCAUCAACAACAACUGCUUCUACUCCUGCCAUCACUGCGUCAAGCUGAUUACAUCAUACGUAAAUUUUGGACAAAUGUGCACAUUGAGGGUAACGUAACAAUGAAUAAACUGUUUGUGGAAAUGCUAGAAUCGGUUUCUCGAUAAAUAGUCCUUCAACGUUCCCUUAGAAACGCACUUGGUGGUUGUUCGGUGAUCUCUACAACACAAUCAUGCAUACGUGCAUAGAACCAUACUAUAUAUAUCAUAUAAGAGCACUUUCAGAACAUACUCAUUUACAUACACCCCAGUGCUGCUCAGGUCCAGCCUGAGGUAUAUGAACCAUAUUUUUGGACAUAUUUGUUAAACCAGUGAAACAGGACAUGGAUCAGAUCAAUUAGUUUUACGCUGAAAAGUCGUUAUGUUUGUUUCAGCAAUUAGCUAGUAAGUGACAGUAGAUUAUCCGAUCAAAAGUUUUUUUUUAAUAAUUUUUACUUUGUGAUUGUGAAGUUUAAAAGUUUAUUAGAUAUUACAUCUAAUUUCGCAUCUGUCGACAACCGAUGAUAGUGCAUAUAACAAAAUCUACAAAAUGUGAAAUUUAUUUAUAAACUAUAAAAACUUCUAUUGAAAGUAAGCGAUGACAGCUUUAUGCAUUUCCUUCUUCUUUUGGCAACAACUUGGCAACAGCACAUCGAACAGGUCAUUGGUACAUGUCAUAGAAUUCUUGGUACAUGUCAUGGAAUUUCCCAUAUUGUUUGUGCGAAUUUGAUAUCAUAGAUUUCAUUCACAUUUGAGAAUUGUUCUUCAUUCUAAUGGGAGCUAUAAUAAAUUUCUUGGGUCAUUGAUUGAAUUUUUGACUCGAGCUGUCAUGAGAAGGGAAUUAAAAUCUAAUAACAUUGUCUAUUCCUAUACUGACACUACACUGAUUUCGGUCAGAAAAUAAAUACCUCUAUUACACGCAGAACGAAUUGGUUCAAUCGGCACGUUUCGGCGGUUUUGUUUCUAGAGAUUUGUGCCACAUUACACGCAAGUGCGAUUGUGUGUACUGUAUUAGAAGAAAAAUGGCAACAUAGCAAGCAAGCGUAUUUGGAAAAUAUCUAUUUUAUUCAAAUAAUGGCAUGGCAUAAUCUCAGAAUAAUAUUGACAGCUUAAAAUAGUAAAAUGUAGGGAUAAUGGCAACAUUAACCCUUGAGUUCAUACAAUUUAACAUCACUUGACAUAAUUUGUAUGUAAGUGGUCGAUACCCAUACUCAGCGGCUUCAUCAAAUUAGUUUCAAACCAUUGAACAGUGAUUCAAAACUAAAAAUUUAUUCCUUUAGUUAUUUUGGGCUAAUAAGUAUGCACUUCCUCUUUGCUUUGCUUUUCAGCAACUAUGUUUGCCUAUGAUAUUACUUCUUAGGAAUGAUAUCAACAUCAAAUCAAACUCAGCUUAUCGUAAUCCAUGGACGUAAAGCUGGUGUCUGACUUAUUCCGACGAGAAUGUUUAAAUCGGAUUUCUACGAAAAGAGUUUGUUUUUUCUGUCGUGAUACAGUCUGCAAUAAAAAGGUAACUAAACAAAUAAAUUCUAAUAUGAAAAGGCAAAGAAAAAUGGUAUCGAAACCCAUAAUCAUACUGGGAAGAUUCCAUUUAUUUUAAACCAAACAAGGAAUACCGCAAUAAGACAUAGCGUCAGUUAAAAGCAGCGAAAAACAUUAUUUUUUCAUUUUGUUCAUUAUUGGAUAUGUUAGGGAAAACUAUCAUAAGGUAAUGCAAAAAAUGCGCAAAGGUUCAGUGUCCUGAUCCUACGUAGAUGUAAUUUAAAAACAAUCGCACGACAUAUUAAACAUUUGACCAAUAAUGUAUCGUACUUUCUUGCUUCAUAUCUACAGACACGUUUGCGUUCAGCUUAAACUUGGUUGUAUAACCACGAUAAAAGUCACCCUGUUAUUGGAUAAGGCAUGUUUUAAUUGUUAUACUAUAGAAGACUACUUAAUAAAAAUGCAAUAUUAAAGAAAUAUGACAUUUCGCUUUAUUAAGAUAAGAAUCUCUUCGUUCGCUAACAUACGAACCGAGCCAAGGCGACAUUACGUAUAAAUUCAGAAAGAGCAAUGGGAUGUUAUGGCCACACAAUAACGGCCUGGAAGAUGCCCAAUGUUAUUUACUAUUCAUAUGAAAAAGUACAACACAGUGAAAAACUAGAAAUUCAUAUUUUAUAACCUCAUUACCGACGAAAGAGCCAAUUUUUGAGCGGAGCCUAUGGAAAGCUUUAAUGAAAAACAAAUCGCUAAUCUGAUGAUGUAAUUUGCAAAAGGAGCUCUACCGCCCAUCCAUCAGUUUGUUAUUAAAUCUUAUUACUAAACUGCGGUAAUGCCGGCACGUGCGUUGUGUAUUUAUUAGAAUUUAGAUGAGAAAUGAGCAGAAAUAAUUCUGAUUAAACUUAUGAAAUCGAAAACAGAUUAACUAUAAACCAUUUAUCAAUAACGAAUUGCGGUAACACGAAAGGUGGAUGAACUUGUUAUAGUUUUUAGGAAACGGAGCUAGUGAAGAGUUUGGGAAAGUAUGUGUAUGUGUACCACGCAAAGGAAAUUAAAUGCGAAAUCAAUAGAUCCGCAAACGUUCAAGUAGAGAAAAA